AUGAACUUUUAAGAGAAACUGAUCUUUAUAGCAUUGAACCUGAAGAUGAUAUACUCUCUGAUUAUGAUUGGGAAACUGACUCUAAUUACUCUAUUGAACAAGAUGAAUUAGAACAAAUCGAAUGCCCCUAUGAUUCAUACGAUGAUAUCUUUAAU